AAAGUAGUAGUCGAACUAUAAAUUUUGGCAAUACUCGUUCAAAUACAAGACACAAAGAAACUCUGGACAAAUCAUCCUAUGAUUGGGUAGCUGAUUCAGAAGAAGAAUCUGAUGAAGACUCAAUCUUGGAUUUCUACAAUGCAGAUGCUGGUAAGAGUUCCAUUAGUAAUGCAUCAGAAUACGACCAAUAUGGCAAUCCAAAGGGAACAACUUAUGAUUUGGGCAAAGAUGGAGCUUUUAAAGAUUUUAGUAUUUUAAUUGCACAAUUCUAUCAGGAUGGUCAAUUUAAUGACACAGCUAUUAAAGUACCAAUCGAUGCAUUGAAAGUCAAAGGUUUUCAAGUGAAACAUGUGAAAUCUGAAAAUGAAUGUAUAAGUGAAUUUCAAUCCAAUCGUCAUCAAAUAGCAUGGAUCAUCAGUACGAGUUCCAUACAAAAUAGUGCAUUUAUAUCGGCUCUAACAAAAUAUCAUUCGUCUGGUGGUGCCGUUUUCUUGUUUGCUGAUAACGUACCAUUUGUGUAUCAUGCAUCUGAAUUUUUGAAAGCAAAAUUCGGUAUUACACUUGAUGGAAAUUAUCACGGUUCCAAAACACUCACAUAUAUGGAAAAUGGUCAUGAUAAACCCGGUCAUUAUGGUCAACAUCAGAUUUUCACUGGUAUUCAAAAACUAUUCGAAGGUAUUACGAUUUGCCAUCCAGUUUAUUCGACAGCUGAAAGUCGAAAAAAAUUUGUCAAUGUGGCAACAGCUACUGAUGGCCAACCGACUGUUGGCGUUUAUGAUCCACCUCCAAACUUAACUGAAGGUCGAUUAGCAUUGGAUUGUGGAUUUACGAAACUGUAUUGUAAUUGGGAUUCAGCAGGCACUGCUCGAUACAUCGUUAAUGUCAGUACUUGGCUUUUAGCAAUUGAAAAGCGUAUCAAAGGAAAAAAGAAGAAACCGAGAAUGUAA